AUGAUGGAAGUUUUCAUACUUAAGAUUGAAGAUCCUGGAUGCUUCUGGGUUAUUAUAAAAGGAUGUGAUGCCUUUUUAGAUCAUGAAAUGGAAUACCAAAAGUUAAAUGUUGAAAUGAAUGCCUUCUAUAAUAAGUUAUAUAAAGAUGUAGAAAAAGUAAAGCCAUUACUCUUGGAAGAAGGACAGGCUUGUGUGGUGUAUUGUCAGGAACUGAAGUGCUGGUGUAGGGCAGUUAUUAAGUCAAUCAUGUCCUCUGCAGACCAUUGUUUGGCAGAAUGCUUCCUGGUGGAUUUUGCCAAAUAUAUUCCUGUAAAAUCAAAAAACAUCCGAGUUGCAGUAGAAGCUUUCAUGCAACUUCCUUAUAGAGCAAAAAAGUUUAGACUAUACUGCACAAAACCAGUCACAUUACGUAUUGACUUCUGUGAAGAUAAUUCAGAAAUUGUACCUGCUAAGAAAUGGGAUAGUGCUGCUAUUGAGUACUUUCAGAAUAUUCUAAAAGCAACUACACAGAUUGAAGCGAAAUUAUGUAGUAUAGAAGAAGAUAUUUUUGAUGUUUACCUUUAUGUAACUAUAAAAAAUGAAAAGGUAUGUGUUAAUGAUGACCUGGUUGCAAAGAACUUUGCUUGUUAUGUAACACCCACAGAAAAAAAAAUUGAUUGUCCAGAGAAAGCUACACCAAAGAAUGUGGAAUCCCCUCCAGAUAAAAUCAAUCCUGCACUUGCUCUUUGGCCAAUGUUGUUGCAAGAAAAGAUUCCUGAAAAACUUGAGAAAGGUGUGAUUUUACAACGUAAUGGACUUUCAUUAGGUUUAUCCUCUAAAAAAAUCACUGAGAAGAUAGAGAAGAUACAUAAAGAAAAAGAGUGUAUCUCUUUAAAAGAAAUAAACAAAAUUACUGUCACAACUUCAGCAUAUUGUCCUAGAAAAGGAGGCAUAACUAUUUAUGCUGAGCCAGAUGUACAAGCGGAAAGUUCAUGUCAGAAGUUAAACGAAAAACAAUUGAAAAUGACGUUGAAGGAGAAAUAUGAUGAAAAAAAUGGCUGUGUGAAGUUGCUGCAGUUUUUAAAUCCUGAUCCUUUGAAAACUGAUGGCAUCCAUGACAUACAGCAGUUGCAGAAAUCAAAGUCUAGCAUCCUGCAACCUUCUGUUGUUCUUCGAAAUAAAAUUGAACCCUGUUCAUUUGAAACUGCACCGCUUUCAGUGGAUUUAAAAAAGAUACUUAGAAAAAAUAAGUUUCUAGGACCCAGUCACACUGAGUCUUAUUGCUGGCCACCAAUAGCUCGUGGAUGUGACGUGGUUGUCGUAUCUCAUCAUGGAAAUGAUCCUCUCUUAUAUAUUCCACCAAUGCUUACAUUUUUGCAUACAGGGGGUUGCUAUAAGUCAUUACCAAGUAGAAAUGGACCAUUAGCAGUAAUUGUAUGCCCUGGAUGGAAAAAAGCACAGCACAUUUUUGAGCUAUUAGAAGAGUAUGGUAGAUGUUCUAGGCCUCUUCAUCCCAUGUUGCUAAUAAUUGGACUUAACAAAGAAGAAGCUCAAAAUACGAAGUUUCAGAGGGGAUGUGAGGUGAUUAUAACAACACCCCAUAGCCUCUUGAGACUUCUGAAGUAUCAUAGCUUGUUAUUUCUUAGACUCUGUCACCUUAUUUUUGAUGAAGUUGAAGUGUUGUUCUUUGAAGCUGGUGAGCAAAUGCUUACAAUUUUAGAUUAUUUCAAGAAAACUAUUAUAAUUGAAGAAAGAGAAUCUGCACCUCAUCAGAUUGUAGCUGUUGGAGCUCAUUGGAGCAAACAUAUAGAACUUUUAACCAAAGAAUUUAUGAAUGAUCCUUAUGUAGUCAUAACAGCCAUGGAAGAAGCUGCUCUUUAUGGAAAUGUACAACAGGUAGUACAACUUUGUCUAGACUGUGAAAAAACCUCAACAUUACUUCGAAUGCUUGAUUUCACUCCAAGUCAUGCUCAGAAGACCUUGAUAUUCACGAGUUCUGUGGCUGAAGCAGAAAUAGUUUGUAAGGUAGUGGAAAGUAGUUCAAUAUUUUGCUUGAAAAUGCACACAGAAAUUGCUAUUAAUUUUAAAAAUGUAUUGGAGCAAUGGAGAAAGAAGUUAAGUCUUGGCUCUCAUAUCGUACUAGUUUUAACUGAUGACUGCAUACCUCCUCUGGCUAUAACUGAUGCAACUUGUGUGAUUCAUUUUAGUUUUCCUGGUUCUCCAAAAAUUUUUGGAGGUCGUUUAUAUUGCAUGUCUGAUAAUUUCCAAAGUUUAAUUGAACAGGGUGCUUCUUCAGAACAAGGAAAUAAAAAGGCAAAAUCUAUUUUGCUACUGACAGAAAGAAGUGCAUGCUGUGCAGUUGGUGUAUUGCGCUAUUUGGAACGAACAGAUGCUAAAAUUCCUCCAGAGUUGUGUGACUUCACUGCAGGCGUUUUGGAAGCUAAGGAAGAUAAAAAACUCACAAGGCCUCUUUGUCACUAUCUUAAGGUUUCUGGUUUUUGCAAAGAUAAAAGGAUAUGUCCAGAUCGACAUCAUAUUAACCCAGAAAUAGACAUGCCAAGGAAAUUAUCUGACCAAACUCUACCAACAAGUGGAUAUGUUAAGAUAAUACCUUUCUAUAUUGUGAAUGCAACAAACUAUUUUGGGCGCAUAGUUGAUAAACACAAGGAUCUGUAUGCAGCUCUUAAUAUGGAAAUGAAGGAGUAUUUUAAGGAAUCCAGUAAUAAAAUGUCCGCUGAAAAAGUUGAGAAGUUUGCAUUGUAUGGACUAUAUGAAAAAGCAGUUUUUCACAGGGUUCAAGUUUUGGAAAUAAGCCAAAAAGAGGAAAACUGUGUCUUUUUUAAUGUUCACAUAAAAUUUAUAGAUGAUGGCAGGACUAGUGAUGCUAAAAAUCAUCAGCUGCUUCAUCUACCCCAGAGAUUCCAAAAUCUACCUCCUCAAGCUGUAGAAUUUAUUGUUUGUAGAGUGAAACCUAUUGACAAUGAAAUUGAAUGGAACCCAAAGGUUACUAGAUAUAUUCAUCAUAAAAUUAUAGAAAAACUUCAUGAGGCAAAAGUAGUUCUAUCUUUGGGAAAUACAGUUUGGGUUGAUCCAAUGGUCCAUCUCACCAAGCUUUCAGAUUUGAAAACUUCUGUAAUUGAAUAUAAUGUUCGAGCUGAAAUUUUAUCAAUGGGAAUGGGUGCUGAUAAUCCAGAACAUAUAGACCAACUUAAAAAGUUAUGCCAACAAAGUAAAAUGGUAGCUCUUCAAGAGAGCACAUUCCAAACCAUAGUACCUCCUCUGACACCCAACAAAGGGAGAGAGGAGACGAGUGACCUGCAAACCUCAAUAUCAGAUGAUGACAGAAUUUCAGAAAACAAUAUUUCCUUACGAGUGAAUAUAGAAUAUCAAAAGUCUGAAGUGAUAUCAGAAAAUAGUGGAGAUAAUUACAUUAAAGAAACAACACAGCAACAGCAGAAAAGUUUCCACCCAGAGAUAAAAUGGUUUCAAAAAGAAGAUGUUGUAAUUGUGAAGAUAAGGCUAAGAAAUGUAAAAGAUCAGAAAUGUAGAUUUUUUAGAGAAAGGGUGGUUUUCAGUGCUUGGGUAGGAGAUAAAUUUUACUUGGCCGAUAUGGACCUACAUGGAAGUAUAUUAAAAGAAGAAUCCAAAUGUCUAAUUAAGAAUGAAGAACCUAUAGUCACUCUUGUAAAAGAGAAAAAAGAAUCUUGGCACAAUUUACUCAAGAAAAGGAAUCCUAAUGUGUCUUUCGAUUUCGAUCAUUGGGAGGAAUGUGAAGAUAUAAGCCCCUUUUCUAAUGUUGUGUGCUCUAGAAAGGUUCUCAACACUGGUAUGCAGAUAAGUGAAGACAGAGAUGAUUCUUCUGAGGACAGUGAAACUGAGAGUGAAUAGCAUGCAAGGUCAACUGUGGUUGGAAGACCUUCACAGAGCAGUGUUUACCACUGCACCUGCAAAUUGAGAGGAUAUACAUGGACAUAUCGGAGCCUUUUUCAUACCAAGGAAGAAAAAUCAUAU